CUCGACAUGGGGCCGGGAGCCAAUAGCCAGGUGGGAGUGGUCUUCAGGCGAGGAAGAUGGCGUCGGCCAUGCUGGUCCUGGCGGUUCCUCCGUGGCCGGCAGCCCGGGGACUCCUCCAGAACUGUUGGGAACGACUGCAACGGAAACUUUGGCAGAGCUGGCGAGGCUUUCCCAGUUCCCCGUGGGGACCAGCAUUAGCGGUCCAAGGUCCAGCAGUAUUUACAGAACCAGCAAAUGAUACUAAUGGAAGUAAGGAGAUCUCCAGCCUUUUGGAUAGUAUUUUUUGGAUGGCAGCUCCUAAAAACAGACGCAGCAUUGAAGUUAACCGCUGUAGGAGAAGAAACCCUCAGAAGCUUAUUAAAGUUAAGAACAAUAUUGACGUGUGUCCUGAAUGUGGUCACCUGAAACUGAAGCACGUCCUUUGUGGCUAUUGCUAUGAGAAGGUGUGCAAGGAGACGGCAGAAAUCAGAAGACAGAUAGGGAAACAAGAAGGGGGACCUUUCAAGGCUCCUCCUGUGGAGACUGUGGUGCUGUACACAGGAGAGGCACCAUCUGAACAAGAUCAGGGUAAGAGAAUCAUUGAACGAGACAGGAAGCGACCGUCCUGGUUCACCCAGCAUUAAGACCAAAAGUAUUCGAGGAGGAUAACUUCAUAUAAAACACUUGUCCUGGAAGAAAGGAAGAUGCUUUGUUUUCAUGUUGAUUUUAUGCUUGUUUUAAAAUCACCAGUAUAGUUUAAAACAUUCUCUCAAAGCAGUUACUUUUAUGUGGGUUAAUUUGAAGAAUAUACCAGGAGUAAACUCUGAAAAUGCUUGUUUAUGCAGAGGCACAAUGGAUUAAUAUGUGCAUUUCUGUUACACUGUAAGGUUUUGAGUAAACCUAACAUUUCUAGUACAGAAAAAUAA